AUGGAGUCGCAAAAUGAUCCUACUAACGACCCUGUUGUGCUGUGGUUGAACGGUGGACCCGGAUGCAGUUCGAUUGGAGGUCUUCUGGAAGAACUUGGACCUUUCCGCAAUAAUAACGACAAUGGCACUACGCUGUUUGAGAACGUGUACUCUUGGAAUAAAAUGGCAAAUGUACUCUUCCUCGAAGCACCCAUUGGUGUAGGGUUUUCCUACAGUGACAACGGAACGCAUCGCUUGAACGACGAUAUGACGGCUGACAACAAUGCUCAGGCAAUCAAGUACUUUUUCGAAGUGGUCUUCCCUGAGUACAAGCAUAAUGAUUUCUUUGUUACUGGUGAGAGUUAUGCUGGCGUUUAUGGGCCAACACUAUCAGUUCGUCUAGUACAAAUGAUUGACGCUGGACUGUUGGAUCUCAAUUUCAAGGUACUUUGA